AAGAAAGAUGCUAGUGGACCAUAAUGGAUAGAAAAGACGAGAGUAGUGAGAAAUGUAUGAGUAUCAUCGCGUUUCGGUAGCGCAUGUGUUAAUAAUAUUCGCAGAGUUUUUACAUAAAAACAUAAUAAUAUGCUAAGUAUCAACUUGUCAACGCGUGUAAUAAAAGGAUGCUCGUACUUUCUUACAACAUUCAAGAGAAACAGAAAGUCGCGAGAGGUAACCUCUUUCGCGCACUGUGCUCAUCACGUUCGAAAGAGGCAACUUCACUCGAGUACAACCGGCGGUCCGUGGAACGUGUUAUUUUUCGGAACAGACAAUUUCUCUGUCGAGAGCUUGCGGAGUUUGUAUGACGAAUACAGAGCCAAGAAAUUGCACCGAUUAGAAGUUGUGUCGGUGUACAAAGAGAAAAAGAAUGCCGUUGUACGUUAUGCGGAGGAGAAAGGAAUCAUUGUUAAUAGGUGGCCCCUCGAGAGGACCUUGGAAGAUUUUCACAUUGGCAUAGUUGUCUCCUUUGGUCACCUGAUACCAUCAAAUAUCAUAAAUUCCUUUCCACUCGGCAUGUUGAAUGUCCAUGCUAGUCUGCUACCACGAUGGAGGGGAGCAGCUCCAAUAAUUUAUUCCUUAAUCAAUGGUGACACGCAGACGGGAAUCACGAUCAUGAGAAUAAUGCCAAAAAAAUUUGAUAUUGGAGACAUAGUGACGCAAGAGAGACUCGAUAUUCACGCCGACGAAACACUGCCAGAAUUGCACGCAAAGCUGGCGAGGAUGGGUGCGAACGUUUUGCUUGACGUGAUAGGGAAAUUGCCGCAGGUAUUAUCAUCCGCGAGGCCUCAGGAGACAGCGGGCAUAACGUAUGCACCUAAGAUUACAUCGAAGAUCUCUUUGGUAAAAUGGAGCUCAAUGACGGCGCGGAAUGUGUACGAUCUGCAUCGCGGUCUUUUAGGAUUAUACCCGCUGACCACUAGGUUCAAAAACAAAACAAUAAAAUUGUUCGACGUUCGCCAAGCACCGGAACCGGCUCGUGCAACAAAUCCGGAGAGCGAAGUAGCAGGUUUGGUGAGAUUUGAUAGGAAAAACAAAGUGCUAAUUGUGACGUGUAAAGGUCCGAGUUGGAUCUCGAUAGAGAAGGUAGUAUUGGCAGGUCAUUCGGCAAUGGAUGCGACGGACUUUAGAAACGGAUUUAUGCAGGGCGAAAUGAAAGAAAACAGAUUUAUUUUUUUCGGAGCGACGUAAUAUAUAAUUCCAGUGUUGCUUCCAUCUCUGACACCGUAAAACCUUUUUUUGUAAAUCUAUGAGAGUUUCAUCCAGGAACAGAGAUACGGUCAUGAAAAUUUUUAUUCACUAUAAUAGUAAAAUUUAACUUAGAAUGUACAAAAAUUGUAAUAUUAACGCAACGAUGUUAUCAUGAUUUUAUCAUGCGGUAAAAUGUUGCUCGUUACAUGUCAAUAUGUCCUUCCUAAAUAUUGUUUGAAAAUCGUUUUUGCUCAUUCUAGAAUUUGUAAUUUUGCAUUUUAAACAAUCUCUUUUUGUCCCAUGCGAAAAUAUUUUUUGUAUAUUCUUAUCUUCUACUAUUAUAAUUUAUGCUUAAUAUCUUCGCUAAACAGAAUCACUACGAAACUACAGAGCGUUACAAAAAAGUCCGUAAACGAAAUCAUAGGAAAUAAGUAGCGUGAAUUUUACGUCAAGAUUCAAAUAAACCAUUGUUUUCAAGUGGAAUCUGUAAUAGUGGCUUUUACAGAGUUCGUGUUUUGAAUUACAGAAAAAGUUGCUGUCUUUCCUACGUGUGUUGUUGUAUAUAUCUUACAAAAAAACAUAAUGACACAGAAUGCCUCGUUUAUGUGAACGCAGAGAAUUGUAGCUGCAGAUAGAAAAUUGUUGAUAUUAAGUCUCAGUUUCAGAGGCCUGAAAUGAAAGAAAUAUUUUUACUAUAAAAAAAUCUCUUUCUUUUAUUUACAUUUAAUGUGCCAGUAUAUAUCCCCAUUGACAAUAUUAAGCGGAAGACGAAAUGUGCAGUUCAGAAUACUUCAAUGUAUCAUUCUAGUACAUUGCUGCAAAGUAACAUCAAAUAAAUAAAGAUAAAUAUAAUUUUAGUAAA